AAAAUUCUCGCAUAACUCCGUGCAAUCUUCUUAUUUCUCACCGUUCGUUCACUAACUUCGAGAGAGCCCCCAGGAUACGUUGCAUUUAAGUCACUCGAACGACAUUAUCCGAACAAUUUUCUGUUUGCAACUAAACAUUCUCCGUGCAAACGUCACGAAUCUACAAACGUCACUAUCAAACCAGUCACGCGCCUGUUUUCACUCCGAGGAGGAGAUUAACUUGUGACAUCGAACAAAUCUCGUAUCUCAUCGAACCCAUAUUAAUUUUAAACCUUUUUCAUAGAUAUUGAAUUCUUCUUCCGUCUUAUAUAAAUUCGUAUAUGUAACGGAGAAGUAAUAUAUUAUUGUCAUGUGCAUUUUCAGUAUUGUGCGCAAUCUGUUCAAAAAAAUACAAGAUUCGCGCGUGUAACAAUACGACAGAGUCAGCAACCUUACCGUGCAAAACUUGCUGCGAGACGUUUCAGUGUUUUAGAUACUGAAAGGAUUUACUAGUUAGGAUUAAAUCCUUAGGAACUAAGGAUUGUGUAAUCACGUUAUGAUUAUUUCCAAAUUGUGGUGAUUUAUUAAAAUCAUUAAUUAUUCAAUUAAUUCAUUUGUUAAGUAACUUUAUUCGUCGUCCACAAGCUUUCGCACUUGAAGAAGUUUAGGUACCCGAGACAUCAUGGAGAAGUCUCAGAAAAUGCCAAAAGUUGCUAAGGUUAAGAAUAAAGCGCCUGCUGAAAUUCAAAUAACAGCAGAGCAGCUUUUGCGGGAGGCUAAAGAACGAGACCUUGAGAUUUUACCUCCGCCUCCGAAACAAAAAAUUUCUGAUCCUCAUGAGUUAGCUGAUUAUCAACAUAGAAAACGCAAAGCUUUUGAAGAUAAUAUACGCAAAAAUCGUAUGGUAAUCUCAAAUUGGAUAAAGUAUGCUCAGUGGGAAGAAAGUCAAAAACAAAUUCAAAGAGCAAGAUCUAUAUAUGAACGAGCAUUAGAUGUAGAUCAUAGAAAUAUUACAUUAUGGCUAAAGUAUACGGAGAUGGAAAUGCGAAAUCGUCAAGUAAAUCAUGCAAGAAAUUUAUGGGAUCGUGCUGUUACUAUAUUGCCCAGAGCAAAUCAAUUUUGGUACAAGUAUACAUAUAUGGAAGAGAUGUUAGAAAAUAUUGCUGGAGCACGCCAAGUAUUUGAAAGGUGGAUGGAGUGGGAACCUGAUGAACAGGCUUGGCAAACCUACAUUAAGUUUGAAUUGAGGUAUAAAGAAAUACAAAGAGCAAGACAAAUCUAUGAACGAUUUGUGAUGGUUCACCCUGAUGUUAAACAUUGGAUAAAGUAUGCACGAUUCGAGGAAUCCCAUGGAUUUAUAAAUGGAGCACGCAGUGUUUAUGAGAGAGCCAUUAAUUUUUAUGGCGAUGAAAGUUUAGAUGAAAAAUUGUUUAUUGCAUUUGCAAAAUUUGAAGAAGGCCAAAGAGAGCAUGAUCGAGCCAGAGUAAUUUACAAAUAUGCAUUAGAUCAUAUUCCAAAAGAGAAGACUCAAGAAAUUUAUAAAGCAUAUACCAUACAUGAAAAGAAAUACGGAGAUCGUUCAGGCAUUGAGGACGUAAUAGUAAGCAAAAGAAAAUAUCAAUACGAGCAAGAAGUAAAAGAAAAUCCUUCCAAUUAUGAUGCUUGGUUUGAUUAUUUGAGAUUAGUGGAAUCUGAAGGAAAUGCAGAUGUUAUCAGAGAAACUUAUGAACGUGCUAUAGCUAAUGUACCUCCAACUAAAGAAAAGCAGUUUUGGAGAAGAUACAUUUACCUUUGGAUAAAUUAUGCUCUUUUUGAGGAACUUGAUACUGAAGAUAUAGAAAGAUGCCGUCAGGUUUAUAGGGCAUGCUUGGAGUUGAUCCCGCAUAAACAUUUUACAUUUUCUAAAAUUUGGUUGCUUUAUGCAUACUUUGAAAUACGACAAAAAAAUUUACCAGCAGCUAGGAAAACAUUGGGUAUGGCAUUAGGUAUUUGCCCUAGGGAUAAAUUGUAUCGUGGAUACAUUGAUCUGGAAAUUCAAUUAAGAGAAUUCGAUAGAUGUAGAAUAUUGUAUGAAAAGUUCCUUGAAUUUGGACCGGAAAAUUGCACUACAUGGAUGAAGUUUGCAGAAUUGGAAACACUAUUAGGUGAUGUAGAGCGUGCACGAGCUAUUUAUGAAUUAGCUAUAUCGCAACCAAGAUUGGACAUGCCAGAACUUUUAUGGAAAUCUUAUAUUGACUUUGAAAUAGCACAGGAUGAAACGGAAAAUGCAAGACAAUUAUUUGAGAGAUUAUUAGAACGUACGCUUCACGUGAAAGUUUGGAUUGCAUAUGCUAAAUUUGAAUUGGCAAAUUCGACAGCUGAAGAUGGUGUAGAUAAUGUUGUUUUGGCAAGAAGAAUUUUCGAACGUGGAAAUGACGCCCUUAGAUCAAGCGGAGAUAAAGAAAGCCGAGCGCUACUAUUAGAAGCAUGGCGAGAUUUCGAAAAUGAGAAAGGAGACGACGAAACUCGUGUUAAAAUUAUGGAAAAAAUGCCUCGCAGAAUUAAACGUAGACGACGUAUUGUAGGAGAAGACGGGAAUGACGACGGUUGGGAAGAAGUAUUCGAUUUUGUUUUUCCAGAAGAUGAGUCACAAAGACCUAAUCUUAAAUUCCUGGCAUUUGCCAAAGCCUGGAUGAAGCAAAAAGAACUCAGUGAAAAAUGUGAAAGUAAUUCGAGUAUGAAUACUUCUCAAUCAGAGACAAACAGUUGAAACGUAACUGUAUUGCUUACUGUAAGAAUUAUGUUAUAUUCUUGUAAAUAAAUUAAUUUUACGUAAAUAAAUAAACACGUUUUGAACUUUAAAAAAAAUUUAUAUUUAGAAAACUUUACAGUAUAACCAGUAUUUAUGACAUCAUAUAUGUAUGUUUUGUUACACAUAAUAUUUGUACUUGGAACUUUUACAUAUCAGUAAUAAAAUGUAUCGUGAAUAAUAAA